CUGCCUCUGCCGCCGUCAGCGUUUAACAUUACAGUCAAAAAAAAAGGCUGCGAGUGAACGGACGUGCGAGCGCGCGCAGCGGCAAUAUUCUUGGCUUUUCAUCCGGCGUUCUUCCCUCUAAUCAAAUCAAUCACCCAAAAACCCGCCAUUCAAACAUACUACCAAAUACAAUAUUCGAAAAAUCGGUUCUCGAGUGCUGCUUACACAACCAAGAAACCAACUUAAAAACCAAUUUACCGAUGUGAAAAUGUGCAAUUAACUUGCAGAAACUACUGAAAAUAAAAACCAAAACAAAAAGGACAAACUUUUAAAACUCCUGCUUUUGGGAUUAUCAACAAACAAAAGAGAACUUUUCGCAGGACUUUGUGAGCAGGAUAACAAACACACACACGAACAAGCAAACCGACAAUCAAAAUGGUCAACAAACAGUAUUCGGCCACCGAUCUGGAGGCUUUUAUGAAGAUCGCCGCCAACUGGCAGAGUUCCAAUCACAACUAUCUGGAGGGCGUCGACAUAAAGACAGAAAUGACACAGUACUUGAGCAGUCCAUCCAUGAACAUGUACAAGAAGAGAGAACGCACCCAGAACUGGAACCACCAGGAGAAGAAAUACCUGCUAGAUCUGUGCCGCAAGGACAUGAGGAUCAUCGAGAACAAGAGGCUAGAUGCCGGCCUGACUGCUGUGAAGAACAAGGCCUGGAAGAUCAUCCACCAGAAGUUCUCCAAUCAAUUUGGCACCGAUCGCACCUGCAAUCGCCUCAAGGAACAGUGGCGUCGUAUGAAAGCCUGCACUCGCAAUGAGAUCUUGGACUACAACAACCGCUUGGCCAGGUUCGGAGCCGAGGUGGCUGACCGCAAGAAGCCUUCUCCUUUCACCUUCGAGGUGUGGGACUUCAUGCAGGAGGCAAAGAAGGCUUGCAAAUCGGAGGCCCUGGACGGCAUUGACUACUCCAAGAUUCCCUUGGCCUUGGAAGAGGGUUUUGAGUACCGCGAGGACUACAAAUUCAAUUCCGAAGAGCACGACAUGGAUGACAGCAGCCGCACACCGCCGCAGGAUCUGUGCGAUGUGGACAUCAAGGAGGAGGAGAACAACGAGACCUUCAACGAGACCUUCAACAAUCAGUAUCUUAACCAGAGCGAUUUGCCUGGCAGUGGCGGGCGUCUGAGUGUGUCGCCGAAUCACAGCAUCAGUCGCAAUGGGAUCCAUGAGCCGGAGAGUCCUGCCCUAGCUUCCGGAGCAGGUGGCCCAGACACGAGCGCUGCCUUUAUGCCCGGUGGAGCAGACAUGUCCGGUUUCCAGCCCAACUUUAGCAUGAACAACAUAUCCGCCACCCUGGAGGCCCUGAAUGCCCUUCGAACUGGCCAGUUCCCCAGUGCAGCAGCAGCGGCAGCGGCCGCCAUCCAACAGCAUCAGGCCCAGACCCAGGUAGCCAUGCAUCACCAGCAAAAUAACAAUAACAACGAGGAGGACGAGGACGGCAUGAAACCAGUGGCCAAGAGGCAGCGCACCAGCAGCGGCAGCGUGUUGGGCAGCGAUGACCAGCCGACAGCCUUGUCCACCUCGGUGCCAGCUUCCUCCGAAUGCCAGGCCUUGGAGCGGUCGGGCAGCAGCAUCAGCAAUGGAGUACCCAUCGCAGGAACAGCAUCCAUCUCCAAUGGCAACAGCAGCACCACUAACAACAACUUUGAGCUGCGCAUGUUCAUGGAGAUGCAGAGCAAAGAGCACAUGAUGCGCAUGAAGAUCCUGGAGGUGCAGUUGCAGGCGGCCAAGCACAGUCGCGAUCUGGCGGAGAUCAACAAGACACUGGCGCUGCAGAAGCUGCAGGAGCUGGCCAGCAAGCGACUGCCCAGUUAGGAGGCAGUGCCGCAGAAGGAGCAGCAGCAGCCCAUCGCCGUUUCAUGUUACAUUAGUUUAUAGAAUAUAGAAAACCCAUCUCCGCGGUCACGUUCGCAGGCAGAGAGCGUGCCUGGGCGGGCGAUCGGCUAGAGUUAGCCUUAGAGUUAGACUUAAGUUGAAAGCAGGAUCCACAGCUACACAUCCACACCGACAAACAGAGAGACAUUCCUGGCAUUGUUGAUCAGUAUUUGAAAGCUAGAAGCGAAUCCCCUCCCACGUCACAUAGAACCCAAGCGAGGAUCAGGAGGCGCUCGGAAGUAUGCCAUAAUCUUAUGAUGAAUCGCCUACCUCACAAGCACACACACACGUACACACACAGAUACACUCUCUUCUGGCUUAACCAGCACUUGACCAAGUCAAGUCAAGUUUAGUUAGUUCGUAGUUUUAGUUCGUAUGGAACCACUCUCUCCAAGUUGCUCAACUACCACAAAUGUAUUGUACUUACGUUCUUGACUCAGUUCACGUUCUGCUACCACCACUAACGAUUCAAAACCAAUAUCAAAAGCACAAAUGAAUAUUAGUUUCAUAGUCCUAGGAGAAGAAGAACUCUUAUGUUUUAUGUGUAAAUGCAUUACGAUCGGCAGUCGUCUCUGAUUUUAAUUCUUACUCGUACUUGUAUUUAUUUUUAUCUUUGUAUAGACUAUGUUGAUAUAUAUACGACCCCUAUAUAUGUUUGUUUCAAUGCCAUAUUAAAUGAAAGUUCUUUUUAA